CUCGUCGGGGGCCGCCGAGCGCAGUCCGCCGCCGCCACCUCAGCCGCGCUCGGUCCCGACCGACGCUCGCCCUCCGCAGCCUUCCUUCUGCCGCCCGGCGCUGACGGUCCCGCACGCCCGCCGCCACAGCCGGCGCGCCCGAGUGUCUAUUAUGCCCACAUGCACAGGAACUCAGGAGAUGAUGAGACAUUAAUGUAGAAUAUGAUCUAUCUCUAAAGAAAGAGGCUCACUGGCCCAUUCAUCCAACUUAAGAGAUGUUGAAAAUUAAACAUCCCCAGGCUCCCGUGUUUUUACCAAAUUCUUAGUGUGUUUCUAAUAAUGUUUGCUUCUGUAUUUUGAUGCUGUGUAAAGUUCAUCCAUGAGCUCGGAUUUCCCACAUUACAACUUCAGGAUGCCUAAUAUUGGAUUCCAGAAUCUGCCUCUCAACAUAUAUAUUGUGGUCUUUGGCACUGCAAUAUUUGUCUUCAUCCUUAGUUUACUCUUCUGUUGCUACUUGAUUAGGUUAAGACAUCAAGCUCAUAAAGAAUUUUAUGCCUACAAACAGGUUAUAUUAAAAGAGAAAGUAAAAGAGCUGAAUUUACAUGAGCUCUGUGCAGUGUGUCUAGAAGACUUCAAGCCUCGAGAUGAGUUGGGCAUUUGUCCAUGUAAGCAUGCCUUCCACAGAAAGUGCCUUAUUAAGUGGCUGGAGGUUCGGAAGGUGUGUCCACUGUGCAACAUGCCAGUUCUGCAGCUGGCCCAGCUGCACAGUAAGCAGGACCGUGGACCACCACAGGGGCCCCUGCCUGGGGCAGAGAACAUUGUAUAGCUCCCCCAAGGAUCAAACUGCUGCGGGAUCCGAUGUCCAUGUGGAGUCAGGAGGAACACAAGCGGUCUCUGUGUUGGCUGCUCUACCUGGGGCGCCAGCUGCCACUUCCUUGCCUCAUGAAGAACUCGGGCCAGCUAAGCUGGGAACCCAGACUUCUGGGUCUUGUGACAACCAAAGCACGCUGACACUACCCCAUGCCAAGAGAAGAGGAGCAGAUGAUGAAUGAGCCUUCAGGUUAUGUUCAAGAAAUUUCCUGAGGGUCUCUUGCUGAUGCCAUUACUCUGUCUCCCAGAUACUUAUCUCCGUAUCAAGGUGAAUCUUUAUCAAGCAGAAGGGAAGAUAAACAGAACUGUUAGAGAAGGGAACUGAGAGCAGGUCUUUAAAGCCACCCCCACCCCCCACCUUGUGGACAGAUGAGCUUCUAUGCAGACCAUGCAUGCCUUUGCAGCAGCAGACCCUCCUGGCAGGCCCUGAGCCAAGUAAAACCAGCAGUUACCUCAGCUGAAGCACGACUGGUUGCCAGUAAUUGGUGAGGCAGUGCCAACAAGGCUUUUCACAUUAUGUUCCUUUGAUAAGGUCAUCUUGGAACCCAAGGGCUUUGGUUACCAGAGCAGCAGUGCCCCUCGCCACCCCUUUUCCCUCAAGUUCACAACACUUGCUUAUCAAAUCAUCUAAGAACAUUAGAUGUGCUCAUAAAGGCCUGGUCAGAAGCCAUUUCCUCUUAUUUACCCCCCUGACUCCCCAGUGAGCCCCGGCCAAGCUGCCCAGGCAAGGUUGGGCCUCUGAGCCCAUGCUGUCCCUGUGACCCAGGGGACCUCAGAGUGCCACCCAUGCCCCCAUGUACACAGCGUGGUUCCAGAGCAGCUGCUAGUCUCAGCCCACUGCCUUGGUAAGGAGCUGCUGUGAGCCCCUCAGAGGGCUCCCAAAGGGAGCUCCUUCCUGAGAAUGACUAGUCUUCCCAGCCCUGCUGAGAUGGGAGGAUGCUGACCCCCUUGCCUCGCCCCCUCCUUCCCUGUUUUCUUCCCUCUUACCCUGUUUCUACUUAAGAGAAAAUGCCUGUCGUGACUUUCUAACAAUUUAAAGCAUCUGAAAUAAGAUCCUUAUGUAAUUCUGAAACCAGGGAUCCCCUUGAAAUUGUAAAUAGUGUCAGAAGCUCCUGCAGGGUUCACCCGCUGGUGUGUGCCUCACUAUUCAGACUUGGAGAGGAGUAAUUGAAAGUAUCUUUAUAGGAGAGAAACAAACACAUGCUGCUCUUUGGCUUUCUGUCCAAUGUUUCUAGAGAUGACUCCAUCUGUUUGGAUUUAUGAAUACUGUACAAAUUAGCUAUCGGAAUGUGGCUUUAGGUCAGCUAGAACGUUCUUUUCCACAGCCCUGCUUUCUACCUCCACCUGUCAAGGGUGGACACCUAGUCAACAGCUUUGCCUCUGCUCCAUGCCCCAGGGGUGAGUGGGAAUGUCUCAUUGGAAAUGUGGUCUGCAUGGUAUGGAGAGAUGAUGGAAGAAGCUUUGCUAUUCUAUUCACGGCAUGUCUCCAGGGAUUUUUCCUGGAAUCCGUCUUAGAAUGGGAGACGGAACCUGUCCUUGGCUCAGGUGCCUGGGGUCAGAGGAGGAGGAAAAUCCCCACGAGCCUAGGAAAGUGCUGGGCAGAAUCCAGCUUGGAAAAUUACAAAUCCAGUUGGUCAGCAUUGGCGGUUUCCUCCGUGUGACCUAUUCAUGGCACGCCAACUGGCUGCUGCUUAAACAGGGCAAAGGAAGUGUGGGUAUCUUUAUAUGAAAGCCUUAUAACCUGUUGGGCAUCCUUGAAGAGAACCUUUCGUGUGCUACCUUCACCAUUUCUGGGUUCUGUGUUGGUAGCACGAUGGAGUUGAAUUCUGCAAAGCACCCAGUUUACAGUGAAAGGUUUCCAGUGACCAAUGUGAGAAAUAAGCCUGCUUCUGGAGUAGCCUCAUUAGUGGCCAACACCAUUUCCCAUGGAAUGGCCCUGGGACAAAUCUCACCUUGUCGUUAUGGGGUUCAAACAGUAAAGAGAAUUUCUCCCCUCAAAGGAGGAAUUCUUAUGCUUUAAUCUGCAAAUGCUUUCACCUCACAGCUUCAGCAGGAUUAUUACCGAUUGGUUGCAGCCUUUUUCUAUUCCUGUGCAUCAGUAUGAGGAGACCGCCCCACAAGUCCCUGAAUGUGUAGGGAGGUAUGAGGAGUUUGUUUCCCUGUAUCCCAGGAAGCCAAAGUUGACAUAGUGCGUAGUUCCAGCUGGUCGUUUGAGAAAAGCCGAGAAUGCUGUGCACUCUCCACUGGGCACCAACCCCCCUGAGGUUCCAUUAACAUGACCUCGACACCUGUGAAGGCAGAGGGCUUUUUAAAUGCAGCUCUUCCGUCAGGGUGGGGCUGGAUGUGGAGUGGUCAGUGUUCCUCUGCUCCUACUCAUUGUCCUUUCUGGGCUCUGUGUCUCACUGCAGCAUGGCUAGUGCCACUCACAGUAGUUCAUGCGACUCUUAAGAACACAACCUGAUGCACUCACACCCCACAUUGGGUCCUCCUCCAGGACUCUCUGCACUGCCAAAACUGCCAAUGGCCAGUGCUUAAUUUACAUCUUCCUUUUAUUCUUUUUUUUUUUUUUUUUUUUUUUUGAUUUAUUUAUUUAUGAUAGUCACAGAGAGAGAGAGAGAGAGAGAGAGAGAGAGAGAGAGAGAGAGGCAGAGACAUAGGCAGAGGGAGAAGCAGGCUCCAUGCACCGGGAGCCCGACGUGGGAUUCGAUCCCGGGUCUCCAGGAUCGCGCCCUGAGCCAAAGGCAGGCGCCAAACCGCUGCGCCACCCAGGGAUCCCUCUUCCUUUUAUUCUGAUUAAAACACAGCUUUCUAUGGCCAAAUUUAAAUCUCCAUCUGGACAUUUUUUUUUAAGAAUGAAUUAAGGACCCCUUCGUAUUCUUGACACAGGCUAACACAGUGAGGCACCCUAGCCACAUCGGUCUUUUGUUGGUGACCUUUUAACUGUAGACACAUGGGGAUUCAGCUGUGCUCUUGGGCCACUGGCUGGUGACAUGGCAGUUUUUAUACUUUCUCUUAAUGUGUCUUAAGCAGCUCAAAGAUUGGAUGUUACUUGUGUGCUGUGGGUUAAAAGAACCUAACUCAGCCCCAACUGAACUCCAUGGGUGGCUGCAUCAUUACCUAGUUAUUGCUAGGGGUACAGAUGAACUCAGCUGGCUUCAGAAACAGGGAACAAAACCAGCCUGACUUGAUUCCUGAAUGAGUAGGCCUAAGAUACUGUCCUCUGCCACUUCUCUUUGCCACAGUGUGAUUUGGUUGGGCCUGUCCUUAGCCAGCCAGUAAGGUCCUUGUAGCUUGUGCCCACCAAGGUAGGGAACAGGACAAGACAGAAAUGGCCAGAUGGGAGCAGAUGGCCCAUGGGGAAGUCUGGGGUGAGGAAUACAGGGUACAUCCUAUCUUUGCCAGAUAGCCUGUUCAUGAUAUGUCUUAACAAAUGAAGAUCCUUUUCCCCAGUGCCCAGUCCCUUGGGCCCAUUAGAGGAAGGGUUUGUCCCUUUCCACAGCCCUGCUUCAAAGCCUGUCACCUCCAUGGCCUAGUCCUGCUCUAAGCUAUUCUGAACAACUGUAGUAAUUUUCUGGAAGUCUGAGAAUUACAAAAUGAACACAGGGAGGUAUCCCUAGAGCUCUAGACAGAAAAAGUGCUGAGUGAUUUGAAUCACCCCAUGCCAUCCACCAGCUAUUUGUCUUUAUGUAAGUUAGCCUCUCAAAGCUGGUUUCCUUAUCCACACCUAAGAAUUUUAAUAGCAUCUUCGCAGGUUCUUGUGAGGACCAGCCGUGUCCCAAGCCUGGUGGGCAGUAGGCCUGGGGUUGUGAAAGCUCCUUACUAUAGGCAACGUCAAGCAGGUCACGUGGGGCUCCUCAGUAGUUCGGGUGGCAACAGAACCUCAGCAGGAGCCUCCUGAUGGACACGUGCUCCCCUGGGGUCUGGGUUUGCCUGACUCCCUCCCUUUUCCUCUUGAGAUCUUCCCUAGUCACCUCCGUGAACCGUUGCCCAUAGUGCUCCCUGAAUGCUAUUCCUUAAGUUUUUGAAUAGGUAAUCCCUUCACAUAGUUCACAAAUCAGUCUUCCUUGCAUCUCUGACCUGAAGCCCACUUUAUCACCCUUCGAAUGCUUUUAGUUUGUUCCAUGUAGAUCCUUCCAGUGACCACUUGUGCAUAUACCGGUGAAUACACACAUGUGCUUGUGUGUACAUAAUUUUUUUUUAAACUCAUGUGGUACCAGACCAGUAUAUCCAAGGACCAUUCCUGUUAAUGGGCGAAGAGCCAUCCCAGAAGGCAGAGUAUCUAUAAAAAGUGAGCCCAUAACUGGGGGUGUUUUUGCAAUCACAUUCCUUUUUGAAUAAGGCAUUAUUUUUUAUUGAUUGCAGCAGAUACUGGAAUUCUAGUUUCCAUACAAAGCAGAAACAUCAAUCCCUCCCUGGCCCUUACCACACACAUGCUCGGAUAUGUGAGCACAACCAGUUUCCAGACUGGCUUUCUGGUUUGUGACAGGACACUCAAGAGUAGGCUCUGCUCCAUUGCUGAGAGCAGCAGUGCAGGCCUCUGGUUCAGGUCCAGCAGCCUUUGCAGGAGCCUGGACAAGCUGCUCCCUGCCACCCCUGCCAAACCCUGAGGAGGUGAUGUCCAGCUCCAACUGCCAUUUCUUAGGCGAGCUCCUGUGUUUUUGAGGCAGCAGUUUGAGAAACAGCAGCAACUGAAGCCUGAUGCAACCUUCUGUUUGGGGGUAGGGGGGAAAGAUGUCUCAGAUGAUGCUAAGCAGGUAGGUGGAUGGUCUCCUCGAAAUUAACCAUAGAACACACUUCAGUGUCCAUAUUUGAGGUCAUGGUUCUGCUACCUUUCCCUCCCCACUCUAUAUGCACAAAAGAAAAUGCUUCCCAUAGAAUUUUCUCCAUUUGACAAUAGAAAUGACUCCACCAGUCAUAUCUUCUUUCAAGGAAAUAAAAAAAAAAGGUCCAUUUUU